GGGGCGGGAGGCGCCCCCUGGCGGCGGCGCGUGAGGGGGGCAACGAACCCUCCGGGGGAUCCCGCCCUGCGCCGCCGGGAAAACAGAGAUUCGUGGGAUCAUGGAACGGUUUGGGAUGAACGGAGCCUGGAGAUCGUCCAAUCCCACCCCCUGCCACGGGCAGGGACACCUUCCACUAGCCCAAGUCGCUCCAAGCCCCGUCCAACCUGGCCUUGGACACUUCCAGGGAUCCAGGGGCAGCCACAGCUUCUCUGGGCAACCUGUCCCACAGUGCAGCCCAGCGCACUGCCAGCUGCAAUUUGCUUUCAUAACUGAGUAUCUUGCCGUCAGUCAUUUCCCACUGUUUGCAACGCUUCCAGGCACCAUCCUGCCUCCAGCUGAUCCUCACAGCCCCACGGAGCAGCUCCUGAUAAGGCUGUUUGGGCGUGGCAGGAGAGGAUGGUGUUUGGAGCAGCUCCAGCCACCGCUGCCAGCAGGAUCCAGCUCUCACCACCUCGGAUCUCACCUCCCUGCCUCUCCCAGGCAGGUGGACAGACAGAGCACGAGAGGAACAAGAAAGGCAGCUCCCUGUCCCUGGAAUGGGGAUCCCCAUUCCGAUUUCUGGUCCAGCCACUCCGCUGGGAGCAGAAGGACCCUUCACCUCGGCCUGGCUUCUGACGUGGCAGUGCCUGGGUCCAUCCCAGGAGCCUCCUGCCCUCGCCGCUGCCCGGUGCAGCGGGACAGAGCUCGGCCCCGAGCCUGCAGGGGCUCCUUCCCCGGCUGGAAUCCUGCAGCCCUCGGUGUUCCCGUGCCUCUGCCCCAUCCAGGACAGCCAACCCCCUCUCCCCAAGAGGUUCAGCCCCUCUGUCUGCUGCCAGAAAUUCCUGCCCUGCAGUCGUGGCACCGCUUGCUCGUGCUGGGUCAGGACCCCGUGCUGCUGAGGGGGGAAGGAGCCCGGCGUUGUUGUCAGUGCUCUGCAGAGCCAGUCACAGCCUCGUUUGCUGCGGCUGGGAAUCGGGGAGCGGAGCCACGGUGGAACAAGGGGCUGAGAAGCGGCGACUGCAGACUCCCCACUGCUGCUGGGUGAGGCUCUGACCUCUGGCAAGGGCAGCUCUGCUCCCCUGGCAGCCGGGGGCUCCCACCUGGUAUCAGGGAAUCACAG